AUGAUGAGCAGUAACUUAACGAUCCGCCCCGCCAACGACAAAGACCGUUUGGCAACGCUGGAAAACACUUGGCAGUACUGGGGCGACGGACUCUCGCGGGACGAGUUCUUUGAGAACCGUCUCAACUCGCCGCAGUUCCAGCGAUCGCGACGGUUCGUAGGGCUCGUCAAUGACAAAGUCGUUGUUUCUCUGGCCGCCUACACUUGUUGCUUUCAGUUGCAUGGCGAUGUACUGGACGGGGUCGCGAUUGGCUCGGUCUAUACCAGGGACGAACAUCGCGGGCACGGCUACGCCUCGCAACUCAUGGAAUAUGUCGACAACAUCCAUGCCAAAGGCGGGGCGAAGCUCAGCGUGCUCUACUCGGAUAUUCCGCCAGAGUUCUAUGAGCGGCUCGGCUACGCAACGUGCCCAAGCUGGCAGGGCGAGGUAGCGAUAACCUCUGGUACGCCCGCCGCCACCGGAGGUUGGAAACUUCAACCGUUCGAUCCUGCCGUUUCACUCCCUGAACUGGAGAGGCUCUACAGCGAUGACUCCGGCAACAUGCCGCUGUCGAUCGCGAGGAACCUCACCUACUGGAAGUUCACGCUCGAAUAUCGCAAAAAAGACGACUUUUACUGGCUUCAAGAUGCCGAAGGUCAGACGCACGGCUACGUUCGCAUUGCUAUGGGGAAGAAGCAGGACCUGCACAUUCUCGAUCAUGCGUUAGUCGCGCGGAGUGACAAACUGGAGAUUGCGCUCUACCUGGCAGUCAAACACUUGGCCGCUGAGCAGGCGGCCCAAAGCAUUCACACCUGGGUUCCCAACACCCCCGCCGCUCAGGCUUGCUUCAGCGUUCAACCGCGGACGAUGGAAAUCACCAUGAUCAAAACCCUCGACCCGCAAACAGUGGUCUCCACCGGAGCGAUCGAGGAUUACGACUGCAUCGAAGUCAUGUGCUGGCCCGUCGGCAAGGCCGAACGAAAGUUCGCCGGAGUCACUCAUAUCGACGUGACCGACUUCAGCCAGGCGGCCGCCGACGAUGUGAACGCCUUGUGCGACAAGUACGAAGUGGAACUCUCCGGCUUGGGCUACUACCCAAACUUGCUUUCAGCCGACGAAAGCGAAGCCGAAGUGUCAUACACCCACCUGCAACGUGUGAUGGACGCUGCACAGUUACUGGGGCUGAAGAAUGUCAACACGUUCAUCGGGGCCGAUCACCGUAAGAACUGGGACGAAAACCUGAAACGAUUCGAGGAAGUCUGGCCGGCACUAAUUCGCUACGCCGAGGAAAGAGAUCUGUACAUCGGCAUCGAGAACUGCCCCAUGCUGUUCACCUUUGACGAAUGGCCCGCGGGCAAGAACCUCGCCUACUCGCCCGCCAUCUGGCGAAGAAUGUACGACAUCAUCCCCUCGGAUCACUUCGGCCUGAACUACGACCCCUCGCACCUGGUGUGGAUGAUGAUGGAUUAUGUAAAGCCGAUAUACGAGUUCGGGUCGCGGAUCUUUCAUGCGCACGCCAAAGACAUGCGAGUGGAGCCAGACAAGCUGAACGACUGUGGCAUCCUGGGGCUCGGUUGGAGCACACCCAAAAUCCCCGGACUGGGGCAAGUCGACUGGAACCAGUUCGUGUCUGCCCUGACCGACAUCGGAUUUGAUGGUUCGCUGUGCGUCGAAGUCGAGGACGAUGCUUUCAGUGCGAAUCUGGAAGCCCGAAAGAACUCGCUACGGCUUUCGCGAAAUGUGCUACGGAAUUCAUCGCGGGGGAUCUCGGUCGCGCCCAUGCGAGCCAUGUGUGGCGUGAGCCAGAAUGUCUUCAUUUACCGGCCAGGGAAAGAUCCCGUGCUGAUAGACGGAUUGGUGGCCGCGGAUGACUCUCCUUGGAACGGAACGGUAUCUCCCGAGCGUGAUUUUCUGGGAAACGCUACCUUGGAAUACGCAUCAUCUUCGCAAAGCCGUACCACGCGGCUGUUGCUAAUCCUGGCGUUGCUGCUGAUCGCCUUGGCGGCCCCUUAUCUCACCCGUGAGAUAAGUUACGCCUUCAAUCAGGGUCGCGAGCGAGCCAGAGUCGAAUCCGCUCGUGAGUUGCUGAACGAAACUUCGGGAACAACAGCCGCGUUCCCCUGGGUCGCGCAGAGCAUGGGGCCCAGCGUGGUGCACAUCGAUACCAGCCGACCGGCAGGCUUGCCGGAUUAUGCGGACGAACUCGAAUCGCUGUAUCAGGAAGCCCCAGAAUACGAAUCACGAGGCCAAGGCUCCGGCGUCAUCAUCGAUGAUGCAGGCUACGUACUAACCAACUACCAUGUGAUUCGCAAUGCUCAGCGAAUCGACGUUAGCCUGAGCGAUGGUCGACAAUUCUUCGAUGCAAAGGUGAUUGGAACCGACUCGCUAACCGACCUGGCCGUGCUGAAGAUUCCCGAAGGCGACCUGAUCGCCGCGCCGUGGGGGAACGAUCAAGACCUGGAAGUCGGGGAUUGGGUGCUGGCCGUUGGGAACCCCUAUGGACUCGAUCGAACCGUAACUGCUGGCAUCGUGAGUGCCGAACAGCGGAACUUCGCCCGAUCGCCCUACCAACAUUUUCUGCAGACCGACGCGGCAGUGAACCCCGGCAACAGCGGAGGCCCCCUGGUCAACCUUCGUGGGGAAGUCGUUGGGAUUACGACCGCGAUCUUUGGUGAGUCUUAUCAAGGAAUCAGCUUUGCCAUUCCCGCCACCAUGGCGCGAGAAGUUUACGAGCGUUUGAAAUCGAACGGGCGUGUAUCGCGCGGUUGGCUUGGGGUUGCGCUCGCGCCGCUCGAUUCGGAGAUAGCGCAGCGAGUUGGAGUCGAUGUUGAAGAAGGCGUGUUUGUCACCGGAAUUAUCGCUGGUGGUCCGGCGGAGAAGGCUGGCGUAUUGCCCGGUGACAUCAUCAUCGAGUGGAACGGCGAACCCAUCCGCGAACCGCGCGACUUGGUUCUGAUGGUGGCCAACACCGCAGUUGGCACCGAAGCCACCUUAGUUGUGCUGCGAGGCGGGAAGCGUGAAGAACUCAACAUCGACGUCGCGGAACGCCCACCAGAUGACGAGUGA